UCGCGCCCAUCUGCGGCAGCGAACAGGUGCUGUACCACGGAGCAGCGAGGUACGAGAAGGUCAAUAUCCCGUGCCACCUAGACUCGCACCCGCGCCCGCACGCCUACAAAUGGACCUUCAACAACAGCGGAGAAAGUGUCAACAUUCCUGAGACCCACAUUAUCCUGGAGGAAACCCACUCCACAGUCAGCUACACGCCCACGUCCGAGCUCGACUACGGCACGCUGCUCUGCUGGGGGACCAACAGCGUGGGCAAGCAGAUCCUGCCUUGUGUCUUCCACGUCUUCCCAGCAGGGCCUCCAGAUCCCGUAAACAACUGCACUGUGUACAAUCUCUCCAUGGACGUGGUGAACGUUCGCUGCGUGGCUGGCUUCGACGGCGGCCUCGCGCAGACCUUCGUGCUCGAGGUCUACGAGCCGCGAACCAACGUCCUGCUCGCCAACAUGUCCAGCACGAUCCCGAGCUUCACUGUCGAGGACCUCCCGCCGGGGAUGUCGCUCACGGGCGUGGUCUACUCCAGCAAUGCCAAAGGGCGCGGCGAGAUGGUCACCGUCAAGCUGUACACCCUCAAGGAUAUCGCCGAGAAGCGCACAGCCGCCGUCAAGCCUCCCCCCGCCACCGUCAAGUUCGCCGUCCGGAUGCGCGUGGGCGACAUCAUCGCCAUGGCGGUGGGCGUCGCGGGCGGCCUCGUGCUAGUGGCGGUGCUGGUGUGCGCGUUGGUGCGGAUGCGGGCGGCGCGCCGCGAGGGGGGCGGGGGUAAGCGGGAGGAGGCGGGAGCGAGCGAGGGCUCCUCGCAGUCCAGCGCCGGCGAGCUGGCGGGCAAGGACAUCCCCCCGCCCCCCGCGCCGCCCAGGGACUUCGACGAGAAGAACCCCGACGUCAUCCCGCUGUCAGACUCGGACUCGUGGAACGUGGAGGCCGUGAGGACCAUCAGCACGGCGUCGCUGCCCGCGUCCUACUCCACGCUGCCCAGGGCGUCCCGCGGCUGCGCGCACGACGGCUUCCAGAGCUGCGGCGGCGACGCGGCCUACACGGAGUUCCUGCUGGGCGGCGCCGCGGCCACGCCGACGCCUCAUCCCCGCCACCCGCACGCCGCCGCCCUCGCGCGCCCGUGUCGAGCCGCCCACUACUCCGCUGCUCACCAGACGCUCCUGUACCAUCAUCCUCAGCCUUCCUCGGCCACCGCCACGCCCACGCACAGCCACCAUCAGCAGCCACUGCGGGCGUCCACACAUUCGGUGCACCAACCUCUGCCUGGGGGCCUGCCGCCGGCGGGGCACGACCCCUGGCCCGCCGCGCCUGCGCUCGCCCGGAGGCACUCGCUCCGCAGGGACCCAUACCCGCGCGACUCCGAGGCCAGCGUGCCCCUCAUGGCGGCCGUCGACGCCGCCAGUGCAGCGCCGCCGUUUCGGGCUUCGCGCGAGUCGAUCCUCGCCGCUGUCGGGCCGCUUGCGUCUCCCAGGCAACCGGAAUGCGCGGCGGCGGCGGCGGGCGACAGCGAGGCCAGUGUGCCCCUCAUGGCCACGCAGAAGGAGAGCUCGGUCUAAGAGUCAACAGCUUGAGGCGUAGGAGGAGCGAGGAGCGAGUUUCUCCCAGGGUCAAGCAAGCCGUGUGAAGUGUCCUGAAGGGGCUCAAUGCAGCCUCAUUCACAAGGACAAGCUUUCCUACACUGUCUGAUGGACA